UGUUUGUAUAUGGGACAAUUCAGCUGUUCAGCAAUCGUUCUUACUUCAGUGUUUUAGUGGCUCUAUUCGUUCGGUUGCACGAGUUGUUAUUUUGUUGUUUUCCAUGACUGGAGUAGUAUAGUGAACAUUAACUUAAUUAUGUGCAUAGUUUUGUACAGAAAAAGAGUGUCGAAGUAUUCAUAAUUAAUUGAUUCGUUUAAUUAAGGGUGCCUAAAAUUAGCUUGAUUCCAAAGAAAAUCAACAUCACCCACCAUCCGUUUACACUAUAACUUACAAUGACCACAGAGGAUGACAAAAAAUUGCGAUACCGUCGAACCAAAAGUGUAACCAGAGCUGAAGAAAUAUCUACCAAAGAGAAAAAACAACGUAGAUCACAGCCGGACAAAGCAUGCCACAGACCGAGGGAUUCUCUGUUUUCAUGGAGCUCUGGCUUCGACAAUUUUACUGGUCUAGUCAAUUGGGGAUUUCUACUACUUACAAUGGGCGGAUUUCGAUUACUACUGGAAAAUUUGAUCAAAUACGGCAUACGAGUGGAUCCAAUACAAUGGAUAAUCGUACUGACUGGAAAGAAUGAAGGCAAAGGAUUUCCUUCAGUCAUAUUAGUAGUUUAUUCAAUCGUACCUGUGGUGAUUUGUUUACUGGUCGAAAAGGGACUGUCUGUGGAUAUUGUCGUAGAAACUGUUGGCAUGUAUGCACAUGUGGUGAAUAUAAUGGUGCUAAUUCUUAUACCCAUGGUCAUCAUUCAUAUCAACGGACAUGCGUUCAGUUUAAUGGGCGCUAUGUUCGUCUGUUUCCUAUAUUCCAUACUUUUUAUGAAAUUGUGGAGCUACGUUCAAGUAAAUAUGUGGUGUCGAAAUGUGCAAAAGGAGCAUGGUACACACAAAACCCGAAGCAGAUCACAAAGCAUUUCCAUUGCCGAACUGCAAAGCGAAGAACGUAAUGGCCAUCCAGCAACAUUGGGUCACGUCAAACCAGACGAAGAUAUCAAAGAAUUGGUUCAGUAUCCAGAGAACUUAACAAUCAGAGAUCUGUUGUAUUUUUUGCUGGCGCCAACGCUUUGUUAUGAAUUGAAUUUCCCGAGAACUACGCGAAUCAGAAAGCGGUUCCUAUUGAAGCGGCUGGUGGAAGUCAUUGUUCUGGUGAAUGUCAUUAUGGGAUUGUUUCAGCAAUGGAUGAUACCGUCAGUUAGGAAUUCAUUGACUCCAUUUUCAAACAUGGAUAUUGCGAAGACGACAGAACGUUUGCUAAAAUUGGCUAUUCCUAAUCAUUUCACGUGGCUGUGUUUCUUCUACUUAACCUUUCAUUCGUUUUUGAACCUUAUGGGCGAACUACUACAAUUCGCCGAUCGGAAUUUCUACUGUGAUUGGUGGAACGCGAACAAUAUCGAUACAUUUUGGAGAACUUGGAAUAUGCCGGUUCACAGGUGGUGCGUUCGACACCUUUACAUCCCAAUCGUGGAAAUGGGCUACAGCAAAAAUGUCGCUUCCAUCAUUGUCUUCUUCGUCAGCGCUUUCUUCCACGAGUAUUUGGUAAGCGUUCCGCUGAAAACAUUCAAAAUUUGGGCGUUCAUGGGAAUGAUGGGCCAGCUGCCACUCUCUUAUUUGUCGCGGUUUAUGGAGUCCCGUUUCGGUCCACGAUGGGGAAACAUUGUUGUGUGGGCAUCGAUUAUACUGGGUCAACCGCUGGCCAUUAUGAUGUACUAUCACGACUAUAUGAUAACACAUUACAAUGAUGUGAUUCAAAAUGUCUAAAUUCUAAUAUCGAUUCGGCAGGCUGAUCGAACGUCAUACAUCAUCCAUUUUUCUGAUAACUUUUUUUAUUAUGAAAGUUUUGUUAAUUAACGCACUGGUUUUUGUUAAAUAAAAUGAUUUUU